AUCAGUUCAGGCAGUGGGAUACCAGGCGUACAGUGGGCUCAACUUCUUUCAAAGGAUCUACCGUGUCCUACUCGAACAACUCGGGUUCAGGGUAAACCGUAUUGUAACGGGUAUAGUUCAAGGUUGUCGAAGAGUUACUUUAUUUUAGAACUGAAGAUAUAUAGACGAAGAAGAAAAUGCCUGUAGCUUCUCUCCUGCCUUUCACGGCCACUCCGAGUAGGAAGUCCGUAAGUCCGACCUCUUUCAGACUCACAGAGAAAUUUGUCUUGCUUUUGGUGUUCAGCGGCUUUAUCACGCUGUGUUUCGGAGCUAUCUUCUUCUUGCCGGAUUCCUCUAAGCUGCUCAGCGGAGUUUUCUUCCGCUCGUCCUCGGUGGAGGCAGAGACGCGCACAGGUACGGUCAGCGACACGAGCACAGGGACGGGUAAGGAUGAGAAAAUCCUGGCCAAGAUCAGAAAAGACCACGAACAGGCGCUCAUCGAGGCUAAGGACACGCUGCAGAAAUGGGCGGACGAGAUCAAGCAAGACAUCAAGAGCGAGAAGGAGAAAGUUGCGCGAGACGAACAGGUGAAAGGCGGCAAAAGUGACAGCUUGCCCUUCGUUGAAUACGUGCGGCCGCCCGGAUCAACAGGGCACGAGCCGUCAGAUCCUGAUGUUAAAGCAAAAAGAGCCAAGAUUAAAGAGAUGAUGCAGUUUUCUUGGGACAAUUACAAGCGCUACGCCUGGGGCUCUAACGAACUGCGUCCUGUUUCUAAGCAGGGCCACUCAAGCAAUCUGUUUGGUAGUCUCAAAGGAGCCACCAUUGUGGAUGCGCUGGACACGCUCUACAUUAUGGAGAUGUAUGAUGAAUUUGAAGCUGCUACCGAGUGGGUGGAGAGGAACAUGGACUUUAACAUGAAUGCUGAAAUCUCAGUCUUUGAAGUGAACAUCCGCUUCGUCGGAGGGCUGCUGUCUGCAUAUUAUCUCUCAGGCAAAGAGGUGUUCAGGAAGAAAGCUGUUGAACUGGGAGAAAAGCUGUUGCCAGCUUUUAAGACCCCGACUGGUAUCCCUUGGGCUCUCCUCAACCUAAAGAGUGGGAUUGGCAGAAACUGGCCCUGGGCAUCAGGAGGAAGCAGUAUUCUGGCUGAAUACGGGACGCUGCAUUUGGAGUUUAUGCAUCUCAGUGCACUUUCUGGGAAACCUGUGUUUGCAGAGAAGGUUAUGAACAUUAGAAAGGUGCUGAAUCGUUUGGACAAACCUCAAGGAUUGUACCCUAAUUACCUGAACCCUAACAGUGGACAGUGGGGCCAACAUCACGUCUCGGUAGGAGGUUUGGGGGACAGUUUCUAUGAGUACCUGCUGAAGGCCUGGCUCAUGUCAGACAAAAGUGAUGAGGAGGGAAAGAAGCUCUACUUCGAUGCCCUGCAGGCAAUUGAGAAGAAUUUGAUCCGGAAGUCAAGUGGCGGGUUGACGUAUAUCGCCGAAUGGAAAGGUGGACUCCUGGAGCAUAAGAUGGGUCACCUGACCUGCUUCGCUGGUGGCAUGAUUGCUUUAGGGGCGGACGGAGCCCCCGAUGAUAAGACGGGCCAACAGAUGGAACUCGCUGCGGAGAUCGCCCGCACGUGUCACGAGUCUUAUGCCCGAACUAGUAUGAAGCUGGGCCCAGAGGCGUUCCGCUUCGAUGGAGGAGUGGAGGCCAUCGCCACACGUCAAAAUGAGAAGUACUUCAUCCUGAGGCCAGAAGUCAUCGAGACGUACAUGUACAUGUGGAGAUUUACCCAUGACCCCAAAUACAGACAGUGGGGCUGGGAGGCCGUACAGGCUCUGGAGAAGCACUGUAGGGUGGAUGGGGGUUACAGUGGGGUGAGGGAUGUUUACGCAAACACACCCAACCACGACGACGUCCAGCAGAGCUUCUACCUGGCUGAGACACUCAAGUAUCUGUAUCUACUAUUCUCUGAUGACGACCAUUUGCCCUUUGAGCACUGGGUGUUCAACACCGAGGCCCAUCCUCUUCCCGUCAUUAAGAAACAGAGCCCAGAGUUAGCCAAUCAUCUCAAGUAAUCAUAAUCCUACUACGAAGCUCCAAUGAAAUGUAACUUCCUGGACCUGCUUUAACAGUAGACAAGAACUUUGGACUCAAAGUCCCUGUCCUCCAGGACUUUGCUGGAGCUUCCGGUCUCUCUUCAAAGCCCUAGGUCAUGGAGCACCCACCCAUGGCUGAUUGUCCUCUGCCGUCUCUACUGAUGGGAUUCUGCAUGCUGCCCCUGUCUUCUCUCUUUGUCCUGAUGCUUUGGACAUCUCUCUGAGCCUCAGUGAUCAGAAGGACCAUAUCUCCUCUGUGAGGAGACUGGAUGUUUUCUACUGUACAAUUCAACAUGCCCUCUCACACACUUUAAAAAAAGCCAUAGGUAAUUCAAAUACAUCGUUUUCCUUUUGUGUUUACAGGAGCAAAUGUAUGAGAAAUCCACCUAACUUCACUGUUUCGUUCAGUUUUUGCUGUCAUUUGGUUUUUAUGAUUCUUACUGGCCUGAAAUUGUUGUUUCUUUGGGGUGUGGUUUAGCUUAGUUCAGUAUUUUGAGGCUUUAUUUGACAGCAAGGUAGUGAAACCAUGUCAACUAGUGCCUUUUAGUCUUGAUGAUAAAUUAAAUGUAACAUUAGUAAAGUUUUAAUAGCAACGCUCUAAUUUAUUUUAGCUGUGUUUACAAUUUUUUGUGACCGAGGGCAUUAGCCUACUGUGCAUUUAAAGAGAUGACCAGAACAGUUUUAACCCUCUCACCUUCAUUCGGGAACUUGUGUGAACGUAGGAAUCAAUCCUUUUAUCAAUAUACCAUUAAUUCAGAUUGCUUUGCAAGCAUUGCUGAUAAAAUGUGUACCAAUGUUGUUUUAGUUGUUUACUUAAUUAGUGGAGGAAGAGGCUUUUUAUCCUAGAUAUGUAAAAUAGAGUAUUUGGUGUUAAUUUAUUACUUAAGACAUAGGAUUUUUUUGUGUUUUCCAUACUGAGGGCAGGGAACUAUGAAAGCUGGAUAAUAAAAAUAAAUAAGAGUCAAUUCUGAGUUUAUUAAGUCACAAUUGUGAGAAAUAAAGUCAAAAUAUAAAGUCGCAAGAUAUAAAGUCUCAGUUGUGUGAUAUAAACUCAAAAUUGUGAAAUAUAAUGUAUGUAAAAACCUUGCAGUUCCGACGUUAUCUCUCAAUUUCUAUUUCGAAAUAAAAAGUACGUAUAAACGAAAUUGCAAGUUUAUAUUUCGUAGCUAUGAGAUCUAAAGUCUCAUGCAUGAGAUAAUGGCAAUUGUGAGAUUUAAGCACACAAUUGCAACUAUUAUAUUAUGAAUUGUGUCUUUAUAUACGUAUAUAUAUGAAUUGCGAGUUUACGUUACACAAUUGCGAAUUUUCUGUAUCUCUCAAAUGCGAAAAAUAGUCAAAAUUGUGAGAUAUAAAUUCAGAAUUACAGUUUUUAUUUUUUUACAGUGAGGACUUUGCUUAGAUCUUUCUAAUCCAUUGGGAAAAUGUUAGGAAGACUCAGGCAGCAUCAGUCAAAAGGGGAGUGAAUAUUUGUAUGAAUGUACCACCAAAUGUGAAUUGAACAUACUUUGGCCUAGUUGUUGUGAUUUUUAUGAUUUGUUUGUUUGUUUAAUGUUUCUUUUAACAUGAAAGCACAAAAUGAUGAAUCGGUAUCUUCGAGUUCUCUGUAAAGAAAAGAAUAGGUAUAUUACUGUAGGACAGAGUGACAGCACAAGUGAGGAAUUUCAUAUAAGGAAAAGAUGCAAGGAAAACCUAUGAAUGCAAAGCAGUCUACUGCACUGGAUAGAAUAUACACACACACACACACACACAAACAUAUCAAACAAGGAGGAAGCUCACAACUAAUAAGAAAAGAUGGGGAUAUGUCAUGCUGUUGGAUCUGAUGUGUUGGUGGGCAUAAGUAUACAUGCACAUACAUUAAUUUAUUUAUUACUUAAAUGUAUUCCAAUUCAUGAAGGAACGGACCAAUUAUAUUUCAGUGUAUGUUUUCAGAAAUUGAAAGCUCAAAAGUGAGGUUUCAGUUGAGAGAUUAGUUUGUCCUGUAUCUUUGGGUUGAUUGGUCUGUUGCAGAGUGCUGCUACUGUAUGCCACCUCUCUUUUGUUUUUUUUAUUCCCAGGUUUAGGCAGUGUUCCUAAAACUAGUCCCACAGAUAUUCACAGUACUAAGCCAGUUGGUGUUGUUCUUUAAACCACUUUAACCAAUUGCAAUUCCAGGCAUGGUUUAAGGGAUAGUUCACCCCCCUAUUUUGUGAUCAUUUACCACCCCUCAUGUCCUUCCAAAACUGAAUGACUUUCUUUCUAAUGCGAAACACAAAAGGAGCAUUUUGAAUGAAUAUCUCUGUCUUUAUGCUCAAUACAAUUGCAGUUGAUUGUGAUCACUUUACAGGUUUAAAGGGAACCAACGUUUCAUAAAAGUAGUCCUUGAGGCUCAUGUGUCAUAAUACAAGUCUUCUGAAGACAUACGAUAGGUUUUGGUGAGAAUCAACCUGAAAUUUAAGCCUUUUUUUGUUCUGGUUUCAAUACAAGUUAAGCUCAAUCUAAAUCUUUUGUGGCAUAAUGUUGAUUACCACAAAAAUGUAUUUAGUUCUUUAAAAAAAAAAAAAAGCUCAAAUCUGGGUUAAAGUGAGGUACUUUAAAUAAUAAUUUUUACAGUCAUUUUAGGGUUUGUUGACAUUAUAUCGUCAUGGUAACGAAAUUGUAAAAUUGCCUAUAAAACUUAACUUAAUUCUGAAAAGUUUAGUAAGCUAUAUUAUCACACUAAAAUCAUUUUUACAUGCAUGUCAUUUAUGUCUUGUGGUUAUAACCUUUGAAAAAGUGAGUAUUUUAACGUUAAAAUAUUCACUUCCAUUGUAAGUGCCUCACUGAGUCGAAAUGCAUUUUUGUGGCAAGCAACAUUAUGCCACAAAAGCUUUAGAUUGAGCUUAUCUUGUACUGAACAUUUCCUUUAAUGUAUUUUACUGGUGGAUCUAAUGAUAUUUUACAUUGUACCUCCCAGUGAUUCCUCGAGGCGGACGACUGCAAUUGCAAUAUUUUUCGGUAUGCUGCCGGACUGCAUACUGUCAAAGCUAAGAACCAAGACAAAUGAAAGUAACGUCAGCUCAUCUCGGGGAAGCCUGUCAUAAAAACACUGAUACUGUAGAUGAGACAUCGUAUUCACUGUACUGACGAUACAGAGAAUCUAAACGGUGUUUAGCACUGUCGCGGUUUAGCGCGGACUAGCGAUUUGUGUCGUCUCUUUAGUGUAAGUGACUCCUUAAGCAGGGUUUACAUCAUGGUGGUGUAUUCACAGCAGGUCAGUCAAGUCAAGUUAGGUGACAUGUGCAGACGUUUCCUUGCAUCUUGUUUCAGUAUGUAUAAUAGAAGAUGUGCUUUUCAGAUUUCUGGAUUAAAAAUGUGUUUAAAUAUUGUGUUGAUGUUCGAAAUGCCUUUUUUUGUGAUUCUUGUUGUUUGUUAUUUCUUUAUGAGACAACCUCAGAAAUGUAACUGUACAAAAUUGCUGAUAAUCAUUCCAAUUGCACAUAGUUUGAUUUUUAUUUUUUAUUAUUAUUAUUAAAUAUAUAUGCAAUUAGUUUUGUGGGAAAUUGUUGUUUGGUUGAAAUUUUUCUUUUACGUUUUUUAAUUGUACAUAUUUCAUUCUGGCAGUCUGCCAACCAUCAUUUAUAUAAAUCUUAUGAGCUUAUGUAAUACAUUAUAUUAAAUA